AUGCUUUUCCUCGAAAAAAAUUUCUUAACGAGGUUACCUAAGAACUUCUUCCAUGAAUUGAGAAACCUUAAGUGGCUGGAUUUAAGGCAUAAUCGAUUGGAAGAGCUGCCCAAAAGCAUCGCUCAUCAUGAGCAUUUGGAACAUUUGCUGCUCACAAAUAAUAACAUACGAAAAUUGCCAAAUGAGCUCGGAUUAAUGCCAAAUUUGAUAGCACUACAAGUUGCAGACAAUCCACUUAUUUAUCCAAGUAGAAAAAUAAUAAGAAAUGGAACAAGAGCAAUUAUUAGAUAUCUCUGUGAAGAAUUUCAAAAACAGAAAGAUUAUGAAGCACAAGACAACAAGUUGGACCAACAACUAACGGAAUUUUCAGAAAAUGCUGGGAACACUAAUUCCAACGGUCCCAUUUUUGAAUCAGAUGAGAAGAUAACCGGACGGAUGCAACAAGAAAAACUAAUAGAGGAUCGGAAAAUAGACUUCAAUUCCUAUUAUGAGAAAGCUCCAAUAAGUGCAGCUGAUGAUGGACCAGGAAAAGUUUUCGACAUUUCCACAUCAACCAAAAAAAAACGCCAUCAUAAAAAAAAACUAGAUAACCACGGAAGUUAUGGUUCAGUCUUGCGUGUAAAGAAAAUUGAGCCUCCAAAUAAGAAUUCACCAUCAGAGGAACUAAUCCAAAUUUCUCAUAAAAGCUCUACCUCCAAGUCAAAAGUCUCAGUUCAAUCGAGUUUAAUUAAAGGAGGCAAUACGAAGAGUGAUCGGCAAAACACUUCUGAAAACUGCCUUAAGGAUGAGUGGUUGAAUAGACUCAGGGGCAUGUUGAAUGAUCAAGAACGAAUUUUGCAGCAAGAGAGAAACUUGAGAAGCCUUUUUGCAUGGCGCCGCCAAAGUCCAGCUACGCACAAGAGAUUUACCGACAGUGAGUCGAGUUCUACCACAAUUUCUGAAGCUCCCUAUGCUACCGAUCCAGAAUAUUCCAGAAUUCCAAGUAGGGCCGAGCUAUCGUCUCAACUUCGGAAUUUCUUGAAGGAUUCAGACAGAAUUUCUCCAACGAUGCCCAGUGAAUCAUUAAAAAUUAAUCUGGACAAAGUCAUCAACGAUUUGUUACAAGAACUGAAAAAGCUGGAAAACGGCAACGAGGUCAAAAUCCAAUCACCCAGAAGCCAAAUGGAGCAUGCGCGAAAACAACUUGAAAUGAUUGCUGAGAUCCACAAGAAGCUGCUUCGCCUGAAAAUACUCAACGAGAGCCUUUAGAAGGAAAAAAACACCCCUUUUAAAAUGAACAUAAAAUGAUU